AUGUCAUGGCCUCCACAUUCUUCCUUCCCAUGGAGGCCUUCCAUUCCAAGGCCUCCUUCCUUCACUCCAACUUACUUCCCCCUGUUCAAACCUAAGCUGCUGGUUCAGCUCCCCGAGGCCAAACUCAAUUACAAGCCUCAGCUUCGGGGUUCGAAGCGAGCGCCGAAGCAUAGUCGAGACUAUCCCAAACUCACUUACUUACCGAACAACCCAUGCGAUGCUGACGUGGACUUCUCUUCCGAUCGGAGCACGGCGCAAUGCAACGCGAUCCUGAAACGGCUGGAAGAGAGCGCCGACGACGCCAAAACGGUGGCGUUUUUCGAGAGGAUGAGGGCAACCGGAAAGCUAGAGCGCAACGCCGCCGCUUACAACGUCAUGCUUCGGUUGGUGAGCAGAAGGGGAGAUUGGGAAGGCGCGGAGAAGCUAAUUUCUGAAAUGAAGGCAAGUUUCUGUUCUGAAUUGAGCUUCCAAGUCUUCAACACCCUUAUAUAUGCAUGCUGCAAACGGAACCUUGUUCGACUGGGAACAAAGUGGUUCCGAAUGAUGUUGGAUUGCGGCGUUGUGCCCAAUGUGGCGACCAUUGGGAUGCUCAUGGGGCUUUACCAGAAGGGAUGGAACCUCGAGGAGGCGGAAUUUACGAUUUCCCAAAUGAGAGGGUUUGGAAUUGUGUGUGAAUCUGCGUAUUCUUCAAUGAUAACAAUUUAUACACGUUUCAGGUUGUAUGAGAAGGCGCUAGGCGUGAUCGAGUUGAUGAGGAAGGACGAGGUGGUGCCCAAUUUGGAGAAUUGGUUGGUGAUGUUGAAUGCUUAUAGCCAGCAAGGUAAAUUGGAGGAUGCUGAGAGAGUGUUGGAGGCAAUGCAAGAGGCAGGGUUUUGUGCUAAUGUUGUUGCUUACAAUACUAUGAUAACUGGUUAUGGGAAGGCUGGUAAAAUGGAUGCUGCAGAGAGGUUGUUUAUGAGGAUGCGGCAGAGUUUACAGUUGGAUCCGGAUGAAACUACCUACCGAUCCAUGAUUGAGGGUUGGGGUAGAGCUGAUAAUUAUGCAUACGCCAAUAGAUAUUACAAGGAACUCAAACUGUUAGGGUACAAGCCCAAUUCCUCCAACUUGUUUACAUUGAUUAAGCUGGAAGCUAAAUAUGGAGAUGACGAGGCUGUUUUCGGGAUCCUUGAUGAUAUGGUGGAUUGUGGAUGCCAGUAUUCUUCGAUAAUUGCUACUCUGCUGCAUGUGUAUGAGAGGGCUGGGAAGGUUCAUAAGGUGCCGCAUUUGAUCAAAGGUGUUCUUUAUCAGCAUGUGUUGGUCAACCAGAGUUCUUGCUCCACUCUGGUCAUGGCUUAUGUAAACCACCGGCUGGUGGAUGAUGCCUUGAAUGUGUUGAAUGACAAAAAGUGGCAAGAUCCUAGAUAUGAGGAUAAUCUGUAUCAUCUUUUGAUUUGCUCGUGCAAAGAGGCAGGUUUGCUGGAGGAUGCUGUGAAGAUAUAUAGUCAAAUGCCUAAAUGUGAUGACAACCCAAACAUGCACAUUGCCUGCACGAUGAUUGACAUUUACAGUGUCAUGGGCCUGUUCGAAGAUGCCAAAGAAUUGUAUCUGAAGUUGAAGUCUUCGGGAAUUGCCUUGGAUAUGAUUUCUUUCAGCAUUGUUGUAAGGAUGUAUGUCAAAGCUGGAUCUUUGAAUGAUGCCUGCGCAGUUUUGGAUGCUGUUCACAAGCGAUCAGAUAUUGUUCCAGACAAGUUUUUGUUGUGUGAUAUGCUGCGAAUUUAUCAAAGAUGUAACAUGGUGGAUAAGUUGACUGAUUUAUACUACAAAAUCUCAAAAAAUCGAGAGGAUUUUGACCAGGAACUAUAUAAUUGUAUCCUAAACUGCUGUGCUCAGGCUCUGCCAAUCGAUGAGCUUUCCAGGCUUUUUGAUGAGAUGGUAGAGCGUGGAUUUUCACCAAGCACAAUUACCUUUAAUGUCAUGGUUGAUGUCUUUGGCAAAGCCAAGCUUUUCAAGAAGGUUUGGAGGCUAUACUGCAUGGCUAAGAAACAAGGCCUGGUUGAUGUGAUCACUUACAAUACAAUCAUAGCUGCAUAUGGAAAAAAUAAAGACUUCCACAACAUGUCAUUGACAGUUCAGAAAAUGGAAUUUGACGGGUUUUCAGUUUCCCUCGAAGCAUACAAUUCAAUGCUAGAUGCUUAUGGGAAAGAUGGCCAAAUGGAGACAUUUAGAUCUGUAUUGAAAAGGAUGAAGGACUCAAAUUGUGCCUCUGACCACUACACAUAUAACACUAUCAUUAAUAUCUAUGGAGAACAAGGAUGGAUUAGUGAAGUAGCUAACGUGCUUACAGAAUUGAAAGAAUGUGGACUCAGACCUGAUUUGUGCAGCUAUAACACAUUGAUCAAGGCAUAUGGGAUUGCAGGAAUGGUUGCAGAAGCUGUAGGUUUGAUCAAGGAAAUGAGAAAAAAUGGAAUAGAACCUGACAGGAAAACCUACACUAAUCUUAUCACUGCACUGCGACGAAAUGAUAAAUUUUUAGAAGCAGUUAAAUGGUCAUUAUGGGUGAAGCAGAUGAAAUUAUGA